GAAUCCCAUCUUGUAAAAUAAGGAAACAGGGGCAGAGGAGGUGAGUAACUCACCCAGGGUCAUAGAGUUGGCAGGUGGUGGAGUGAAAUAUUUGAACCAGAUUCAGAUUUAAGCCAGUGGAACCCACAGCCUGGGCUGUGCUGCCUCAAAAUCUGCUAGCUAAUGUUACUGUUGCUACCCUCCUGCUCUUGGUGAGGAAGUGGACCCUUCCUCCAGGAAGCCUUCCUUGACUUCCACGGCUGGGUUGGCACUAACAACACUGAAUCUGUGCUGAGUGUCUCUCCUGUGUCCUAGGAGCCCUCCCACCAGGCUUCUCCCCUUCCCCACUCUGGUUUCAGAGCAGCCCAGGCCUUUUCUUGUUGCCACUUUGGAAGGUGGCGUGGUGUGGGCUCCUGAGUGUGGGCAUUGGAGUGAGGAAGCCACCCUGCAUCAGUCCCCAGCUGUGUGACCACAGGAAAAAAUCACUUCACCGCUCUGUGCCCCGCUUUCCUCAUCCCUGAAAGACAGGACUUCCGGAGGGAGUAGAAGUUCCUGAUGUCAACCAAGUACAACAAGGACUCCAAGAUGUACCACGCGAUCCAGACUGUGUUUGGUGAGAGGCUGUUUGGCCAAGGCUUAGUGUCCGAAUGUGACUAUGAACGCUGGCACAAACAGCGGAGGGUCAUGGACCUGGCCUUCAGCCGGAGCUCCUUGGUUAGCUUGAUGGAAACAUUCAAUGAGAAAGCGGAGCAACUGGUGGAGAUUCUGGAAGCCAAGGCGGAUGGGCAGACUCCGGUGUCCAUGCAGGAUAUGCUGACCUGCACCACCAUGGACAUCCUGGCCAAGGCAGCUUUUGGGAUGGAGACCAGCAUGCUGCUGGGUGCCCAGAAGCCUCUGUCCCGGAAAGUGAAACUGAUCCUGGAGGGCAUCAGUGCAUCCCGAAACACUCUGGCAAAGUUUAUGCCGGGGAAGUGGAAGCAGCUUCGCGAGGUCCGGGAGAGCGUGCGUUUCCUGCGUCAGGUUGGCAAGGACUGGGUCCAGCGCCGCCGGGAGGCCCUGCAGAGGGGGGAGGACGUGCCUGCUGACAUCCUCACACAGAUUCUCAAAGCUGAAGAGGGGGCCCAGGACGACGAGAUCCUGCUGGACAACUUCGUCACCUUCUUCAUUGCUGGUCACGAGACCUCUGCCAAUCACCUGGCAUUCACGGUGAUGGAGCUGUCGCGCCAGCCGGAGAUCUUGGCGAGGCUGCAGGCCGAGGUGGACGAGGUCAUCGGUUCCAAGAGGCACCUUGACUGCGAGGACCUGGGGAGACUGCAGUACCUGUCCCAGGUCCUCAAAGAGUCGCUGAGGCUGUACCCGCCAGCGUGGGGCACCUUUCGUCUGUUGGAGGAGGAGACCUUGAUCGAUGGGAUCCGAGUCCCCGGCAACACCCCGCUCCUGUUCAGCACCUAUGUCAUGGGGCGGAUGGACACAUACUUUGAGGACCCGCUGACUUUCAACCCAGAUCGCUUCAGCCCCAAAGCACCCAAGCCGAAGUUCACCUACUUCCCAUUCUCCCUGGGACCCCGCUCCUGCAUUGGGCAACAGUUUGCUCAGAUGGAGGUGAAGGUGGUCAUGGCCAAGCUGCUGCAGAGGCUGGAGUUCCGGCUGGUGCCCGGGCAGCGAUUCAGGCUGCUGGAGCAGGCCACGCUCAAGCCGCUGGACCCCGUGCUGUGCACCCUGCAGCCUCGGGGCUGGCAGCCCGCGCCCCCGCCCCCGCCCUGCUGAGGGGACCCGUGCAGGACCGGACUCCUCCGCCAGGGCCGCGCCCACGCUGUUCCCCUGCCCUCUUCCCCGGGAACGCCCUCCACACUGGCUCCCAGCGGGCCCUCUGCGCACCGCCACCUGCUUCACAGCCCUGAGAGCUCUCCGUCCCCUGCUAACUCCGCUGCCCUUCCUGGACCAGAGCCUGCCAUCUCCCAGCUGCCGCCCAGAUGUGCUGUUGUCUCCCCCAACCUCUUUGCACAGACCACGCCCUCUGCCAGACAUCCUAACUCUUGCUCACUCCCUAAAGCCCUCUUCAGAUGUCACCUCCUCCAGGAAGCCCCCCUUGCCACUCCCCGGCUGGGCCAGGGGCUCCUCCUCUGUGCUCCCUUGGCCACCUGUGCUACCUCUAGCACCACACUGACCACACUGUAUCAUGAGUGUCCUUCGAUGUGACCAACUGCCCUGCCAGGCUGUGAGUGCCUCAAGGGCAGAGUCUGCGUGUGAUUCACCUCUGAGCCCCCUGUGCCCACCCAGGACCUGGCACAGAGUCGAUGCUCAAUAAAUAAAUGUGUUGACUGCA